UUUGGUAAUUUGAAUACAUGUUGAGCACAUCUCCCACUUUUUCUUGCAAAUGGAAUCCAUUAAAGGGAUCAUAAGAGAUUAUGGAUACCAUAUAUUUAUAAAACUUGUGAAGAAGAAGAAGAAGAAGAAAAAGGUAAGUGAAAAUGGGGAUUACAAGGAACUGGUUUAGAAGAGCAAGAAGGAAGCUGAUCAGUAGAAAUGGCAACAGCAGAGACGUUUUUCUGCAAACAAAUGCAAGUCCAAUUCAUGAUGAAGAACAAACCAAUCUUACAUUAACCCAACAACAAGAUGGAGAAGAAGAAGAAGAUGAAGAGGAAGAUGAAGAGGAAGAAGAAGAAGAGGAAAUUGAUUAUGAAUCAAUGACACCCAGAUUUCAAAACAAAGUGUUGUCUAAAGAGGAAGAGGCAGCCAUCAAAAUCCAAGCUUGUUUCAGAGGCCAUCUUGCAAGACGAGCAUUUCAAGCCCUAAGAAGUUUGGUGAAGCUACAAGCGCUGGCUCGAGGGGUGUGCGCGAGGAGGCAGGCACGAAUAGCUCUUCAAUUCAUGCAUGCAUUGGUUAGAUUGCAGGUUCGUGUUCGUGCUCGUCAGCUUUUAAACAGAUACAGUGAAGAGUCUGAUAGUUGAAGAGAAAGGUAUCAUAUAAUACUAGCAGAUGCUUCUACAAGAAAUAUAAUAAUCCUAUCAAUCUGUUUGCCAACUCUUUUGUUUUUAUUGCCCUUGAUUGUUGUCUGGUGAUAUUUGGAUUUCUCUUUCUCCUUCAUCUUCAUUUCUCAAGUGCUUUGCAGCUAGUUUUUGAAGAAUUUUUGCUAUAAUACGAUUCUCUUGAGAUGAACAAGUAGAGAAUCCACUUGCUAAAUUCUUUUUCUUUAAUGAUUGAAUAUCCAUUGUCUCCUUUUCUUGUAAAUAAUGUGGACACAACUUGAUCUACAUGUGGAACGACAUUAACUAUAAAACCUAAUUGAUUCAAGGUUUAA